AUCAAACACAAAAACAAAUUAAAAUGGUGAUGAAGAGAAAUAGAGAAGGAUCCGAUGUGGAGGAUAUUAACAUACAUACGAUGGCCAAUUGGCUGAUGCUAUUAUCCGGCAGCCGAGGUCGAGAACCAGAAGAAAUAAACCGCGUGUUCGAGUGCAAGACAUGCAACCGGCAGUUUCUGUCCUUCCAGGCUCUCGGCGGCCACCGCGCCAGCCACAAGAAGCCGAGGUUGGCGGCGGAGGCGACGCCGGUGAAGCCGAAGACGCACGAAUGCGCCAUCUGCGGGGUGGAGUUCCCGAUCGGGCAAGCGCUAGGCGGCCACAUGAGGCGGCACAGAGGUCACAAACCGAUUGUGAAUAGCAGGAGAGUUUUUUGGCUGGAUUUGAACCUCACUCCCUCUCAAAAUAAGUUUGUUUCAGCCAGCAUCGCUCCUGCCGUUAAUUGUUUUUUAUGAUUAGGAUUUUCUAUUUCUUUGUAUUUACCACAUCAUUCACUUUUUAUUCAAUUUUCUAUA